AACCUCCAGCACCACAAAAGUAAAACGCCUGGCCUCUGAAGAGCCCAAGACAGGUGGCGUCGGAACUGGAGGCUUAUGCGGGGGGCGUGGCUUCAGGCAGCUACCCGACGUCCUCUUCCGGAACAGGCCUGUGCCCCGGAAGCAAUUGUUUGCUGAGCGACUUUGGUACCGUUUAGGAGACUGCGUGGGUGUUGUCACCAUGUUCCUAUCCGCGGUCACCUUUGCCAAGAGCAAGUCAAAAACCAUUCUGGUGAAAAUGCUGAGCCAAGCUGGGACAGGUUACUCCUUCAACACUAAGAGAAGCCGACUACGGGAGAAACUGACUCUCUUGCAUUAUGAUCCAAUUGGUAAGAUUCAGAGAAAUUACUCCACAAUAAAUUCAAGUGCUUUCAAGGCCUGUUGCCCUUUCCAGACUGAUGCUCUACAUGUCUUGGCAGUUUUGUGGUCCGUUUGACUCUGUAGCAUUCAGUCAGCCAGUGAGUACUGAAUAUUUACUAUAGUGCCAGUUACUGUCCCAGGUGUUGGGAUACACCAGGACACAGUCAGCCUCAGUCUCUGCACUCUGGGUAUUUACAGUCCAGUUUGGAAGGGAGAGAAAGAAAGAAAAAAUGAUGUUCCGCUCAGUGCUUUGAGAAACACAAGCAGGAUGCUGAGCUAUAGCAUAAAGGUGGGGAAAGGCAGAUUCCACCUUUAUCCUAUCCUUUAGGUAGGAAAGAACCAGCCAUAUAAAGAGAGCAGGUGAUACUGUUCAGGAAACAGAAAGAAAAGAGUGUCUUUAGAUGGUGAGAGAAUAUUCUCCUGGGAUCGUCUUAACAGUGGCAAGCGGUUAGGUCCAGAUUUGAAUUAAAGUAUGGUAUCUAUAUAUUAGUGCAGAAAUAAUAUAAAUAUAUAUUAUUUCCAUUUUGUACCCUCUGCCAAAAUGCCAUAAUAAAUGGUAACUUUAAAUGGUCUCAGUAG